GUCGACGAACGAAUCAUGUUCUCAACCAAGAGCUCUGCAUUUGUGGCCGUACUCCUCGUCCAAUUGGCGACUCUCAUCCAGGGAGGAGUCUACAGCACGGAGGACAAGUGGGUGCUCAUUGACAAGACCAUGGAUCUGCCGGAGGAAGCAGUUCUCGGUGGCUUUGAUCCCGAUGGUUACUACAACUACGUGGGCCGUGUGGUAUACAGCAGUAGUAUUCUGCCCGCCCGAGUGGUUCCGGAACUGGGAAAGGCCACCUACAACACGGACACUUUGGGCAACCAAGCUACAACCUAUGAGGUCCUGGUGUCCAAUGCCACCGUGAGCUACCACUGGAUCCGCAGUUUCGAUGGCUACCGGGAGAAGAACGCCGUAGCCGUGGGAACCAGCGCCACCAACGAUCGCGUUUUCAUCUGCCGCGUCCGUUGCGAUGAGUCACUCUUCAUUGGCACUUUGUACCUCGCCAAGCGGAUGUGCAUCGUCAAGUACGAUAACCUGCCGCUCCGCCAGUUCGACAAGUACGAGAUCCUCGUCAGGGAGCACCAUGUGGCUGAAUUUAUUCCCUACUUAUAUCAAAUUGCCAACUGAGUAUUUAAAAUAAAUAAAUUAUUUAUUAAGCGAAA